UUUUACUUGAACGGAGUUUUGACUACGUUUAUCAUAACUCUUGGCCUGAUGGGAAAUCUGUUUACAAUAAUAGUGCUAACAAGAAAGACGAUGCAUACAUCAACAAACUUUUUUCUCACUGCCUUGGCAAUUUGGGACUCCAUUGUUCUAAUCUCAACGUUUUUGCUAAUCUCUUUGGGAGAACUCUCAUCGACGUUUAAAUCCUCUGUAUUCCCGUAUGUUGUGAUUAUAGUUUAUCCAAUCGCCUUAAUCGCUCAAACCUCAACAAUAUGGCUGACUGUGUCUUUCACUGUCGAACGUUACAUCGCUGUUUGUCACCCGCUAAAAGCUGCCAGUAUGUGUACGAUAGCACGAGCUCGGAUGGUUAUCGUAGGAAUUUCAGCCAUCAGUAUCUUAUAUAACACGCCUCGCUGGUUUGAAUAUUUCAUAAAGGAUUACACGUAUAUACCGACUAACGAAACUUGUGUAAUAGUCGAUCAAACAGACUUCGGAAAGAGCCAUCUUUAUCACAAGAUAUACUUCGGUUGGUUGUACUUUCUAGUCAUGUGUGUAAUUCCUUUAUUUUCAUUGGCUGUUUUGAACAUUUUACUGAUCGUUGCCGUGAAACAUUCACAGAAGCAGAGAAUAAAUAUGAAUGUUCGUCAAUCCAGAGAAAAUAACGUCACCAUUAUGUUGGUUUCCGUGGUAAUAGUGUUUAUGCUGUGUCAGGUUCCUGCUCUAAUCUACAAUAUGGCGUACGCCAUCAACAUGGAAGCCACCAAACAUAUGUUCGGAUGGAAGAUCUUGUCGUCGAUUCGUAACUUUCUAGUGACCUUCAACAGUGCAAUUAAUUUCAUGCUUUAUUGUGCCCUUGGACAAAAAUUCCGUCGAACUUUUGUGCGUACCUUUUGC